AUGAGGAUCCACACAGGAGAGAAGCCAUUCGUAUGCAGCGAGUGCGGGAAGUGCUUCAACACACUAGCCAACAUGGUGCGGCACGUCCGGAUCCACACCAGGGAAAGGCCGUAUACCUGCACAGUGUGCAGCAGGAGCUUCAAGGACAACAUCCUGAAACGCCACCUGUUUGUCCACUCUGUGAAGAACAGCAGCCUCAAGGAAUCUUCGCGUGAAAAUGGUGACAGGAAGAGUUCACCUGUAAGAAAACCGCGAGCCAUGUGUAAGGUGUGCAGUAUGACGUUCCACUCCAUGCUUUCCCUGUUGAAUCAUGGCAAACAACACGAGACGCUCCUCUGCUGCGUGGGUGGGAAUCAUUUCAAUUCACCAGAAAGCCUUGCAGUUCACCUAGACACUCACAUCUUAAAAGUUGAAUGGGUGAAAUAG